CAGUGCCCCCGCCCGCCCCCUCCCGCCCCGUCGCACCCCCCCGGAGCGCGGCGGCCGCCGGGCGGUGAUGCGGAGCGGGGCCGGGCGCUGCUGAGCGGGCCGAGGCCCGGCGGGGCUCCCGGCGGCUCCCCGCAUCGCUACCGGCCUAAGGCUGAGCCGCGGGGGCGCUCCCGGCCCGGAGCCUGCGGUGAGGCGCUGAGCUGGUCCCGACGCCGAGCCGAGCUGAGAUUUGCCAGUCCUGAGGUUUUUUUUUGGUCCUCUCCUCCCAGGGUCGGAUGCUUCCCGCACCCUCCCGAGGGGGCUGAUCCGCGGCGUGCUCCGGACCAUGGACUCAGUGGGGGCUGCCCAGGUGUGAAAAAUGUCCAGCGGCAACCGGGAGCUGGUGAUCGACUUUGUCUCCUACAAGCUGUCGCAGAAAGGCUACAGCUGGAGCCAGCUGGAGGAAGAGGAUGAGAACAGGACUGAGUUGGCUUCCGAGGCCGCCGCGGUGCUCAACGGGAGCCCCUCCUGGCACCCCCCAGCCGGCCAGGUAGUGAACGGCGCCGCCGUGCACCGGAGCAGCCUGGAGGUCCACGAGCUCGUUCAAUCAGCCGCCGUCCGGCAGGCUCUGCGCGAAGCCGGGGACGAAUUCGAGCUGAGGUACCGCCGGGCUUUCAGCGACCUCACCUCCCAGCUCCACAUCACCCCCGGCACGGCUUACCAGAGCUUCGAGCAGGUGGUGAACGAACUUUUCCGCGAUGGGGUGAACUGGGGGCGCAUCGUGGCCUUCUUCUCCUUCGGAGGGGCGCUGUGCGUGGAGAGCGUGGACAAGGAGAUGAGGGUCCUGGUGGGGCGCAUCGUGGCCUGGAUGACCACCUACCUGAGCGACCACCUCGACCCCUGGAUCCAGGAGAACGGCGGAUGGGAGCGGUUUGUGGACCUCUACGGGAACGAUGCUGCUGCGGAGAUGAGGAAGGGCCAGGAAACCUUCAACAAAUGGCUCCUGACCGGGGCCACGGUGGCCGGAGUGCUCCUGCUGGGAUCCCUGCUGAGCCGCAAGUGACCCGGCCCCCCCGGGGACGGCUGCGCCUUCACCACAGCCACUACAAGGCUCCCGAGCACCCCCCCCGGGGGCAGAUCCUGCUCCUUCCCUCGCGCCGCCAGCUCCUUUUCUCCUAGCUCCCCUGAUUUGACCGUUCCGUUGUGUUUUCGGGGCGCUGAGGCCAAAUUCAGCGCUUCAGCCGCCAGCUCCCGGCGCCGGGGAGAUCCAGGCAGCCUCGGGGUGGGGGGGGGGUUGGAAAAGUGCUGGCUAGAAGGCGCCCCCAGCCCUGCAGGGUCCCUUUAGAUCACUUUGAAGAGAAUAAACAGACUUAUUUUUGCAUGUG